AUGUCCAAGGCCAAGGCUGCACCCCCUCCUGGGUGCACUCUUGACAUAAAGGACCCUCAGGUCCAGGAGGCAGCUAUUCGGAUCCAGGCUUCAUACCGAGGCCAUAGAUCACGUAAGGAGCUUAGGGAGAAAGGCCCCCCUAAGUUCUUGCUGGAGCUGAAGGACGUUGUUCUUCUGGAAGGCAGCGCUGCCAAGCUAGAGUGUCGGGUCAGCGCUUUCCCCGACCCCUUCAUUGUCUGGUCGAAAGAUGGAGCAGAGCUGAAAGACGGACCCAAGUACCGAUAUGUGUUUGAGGACCCGGACGUGGUGGCGCUGGUGGUGCGCGAUGGUGUCUUGGCCGACCUGGGCAAAUACACAGUGACCAUCAAGAACCCCUUUGGCAUGACGUCUGGAUCUGCUUGUAUUUUAAUAGAGGUUCCUGCUAAGGUUACUAAAGGUCCAGAUAGCGUAAAAGCCAAGAAAGGGACCACGGUGGUGCUCAAGGCAGACAUAGCUGGGGAGCCCCCUCCAGAUGUCGGUUGGCUGAAGGAUGGUGAAGAUAUUGAGGAGGAUAACAGAAUAUUCUAUGACAUCGGGGACACCAACACCAUCCUCACCAUACAAAACGCACAACGUUCGGAUGCUGGAAAAUACGAGGUCUUUGUGGAAAACAAUUUUGGCACCGACCAGUCCUUUGCUCGUGUCGACAUCCAGUGACGGCACGGUGUGUGCAUCGCUUGGACUUCAACUCUUCUCUUCUGUCUCUUCUGUUCUUGGCUCCGAACAACACAUUUUGGUUUAUGUUUAACAUCCAGCACAUGUCAGAUUGGUGCAAAUAAUGCAGGACUAUGUAAUGGCAACCUGUGAUGAUCAUGCUGUUGAUAGUAUGUGACGUGGAUGUGACACAGGUGUACUGAUGCUUUGAAUGAUGUAUCUCUCUCCACUUUCUGUGUUUAUGGUCCACUUUUAAAGCUUCAUUGUACUACCAAAGCCACCAUUUACAUUGUAGAAUCACUCACAUGUUCAC